AUGCUCGCCGCGCAGCUCGGCAUGGAGGAGGCCGCCCGCGCGGAGCCGCGCCCGGCGCCGCGCCGCGCGACGGAGCGCGCGCGCGCCGAGGCCGCGUUCGCCGGCGGCCUCGCGGACGCGCUCCCGCCGCGGCAGGAGCGGCGCCGCGCGGGGCCCGACCCCGCCUACGCGCCCGUGCGCCGGCCGCGCAACGUCGUCGCGGCGGGAUCGCUCGGCGACGCCUUCCCGGCGCGCGCGGCGCCGGCGCCGCAGCCGCGCUACCCGCCGCCGCCGCGGCCGAGCGAGCGCGCCGUCGCGCAAUCCGCGCGGCCCCGCCCCGAGCCCCGGUCUGUGCUCGCGGGGCUCGCGCUCCUGGGCGGCGCGCUCCCGGCCAACUUCUCCCAGGCCGACGCGCUGCCCGACAGCGCCCUCACGUACGACGCGCUCCUGGCGUUGGAUCGGCCGCCGGAGCCGUCGCAGGCCCAGCGCCGCGCCAAGAAGGCCGCGGCCGCGCGGGCGGUCGAAACGACGGUCCAUCGGAAGGGCGCCGAGCCGUGCGAGUGCUGCAUCUGCCUCGACGAGUUUCAUGAUAGGGAGCGCCUCUCCAAACUUCGGUGCGGCCACGUGUUCCACAGCGCCUGCAUCAAGAAGUGGCUCGUCCACGACCUGCGCUGCCCGACGUGCCGGACCGACGCGCUGGGGGACGAUGCGCCCGGAGGCUAA